CGGAUGCAAACCUAUUUAUAUUCCCCAUCUUUAUUCCCCUUUUCACUUCCACAAAAUCCCCAAUCUCUCUCUCUCUCUCUCUCACACUCCCAUUCACAAGCCCUAAAAAAACCUUCCCCCAAUUCCAUCAAAAUUAGGGUUUCAAUUCCCAAUUAAUGGCCACUUCCACCACCAGCAAUGUUUAUAUUCAAGUUAUUGAAGAUGUUAUCAACAAAGUUCGCGAUGAAUUCAUCAACAAUGCCGGUCCCGGCGAAGGUGUUCUCGCUGAGCUUCAAGCCUUAUGGGAGUUAAAGAUGAUGCAAGCUGGAGCCAUUGUGGGACCCAUUGAUAGAUCAGCUGUUGCGAAAUCGAUGGCUCCUGGAGCUGGGUCUAAUACUGUUCAUGAUCUUAAUGUUCCGUAUGAAGGUCCGGAAGAGUAUGAAACGCCUACUGCGGAUUUGCUUUUUCCUCCUACGCCGUUGCAGACCCCAAUGCAAACACCGUUGCCUGCUCAGACACCAUUGCCGGGAACAGCUCCAACACCUUUACCAGGGACUGUGGACAGUUCAUAUAAUAUUCCUACUGGAGGCACGCCUAUUACUCCUAGUGAUUAUUCUUCCAUAAAUGAGAAUGGAGCUGCAGACAGAGCUGGGAGGCCUACUGGAGGCACUCCUAACACAUUCAUGCAACCACCAUCUCCUUGGGUGAACCCAAGGGCCACUCCUCUUGAUGUGAAUGUUGCGUACGUGGAAGGUCGUGAAGAUCCUGACAGAUUAGCAGCCAAUCAGCCGACAACUCAGGAUUUCUUUCUUCUAAAUGCUGGAAAGCGCAAGCGGGAUGAGUUUCCUUCGCAAUAUCGUCCAGGGGGGUAUAUUCCCCAGCAAGAUGGAGCUGUGGAUGUGUUAGCUGGUAAACUUGAGGUUGGUCAAGGGAGCAAUUCUCAACCUGGUCAUGGACUGCAGCUGCCUUCUAGGAUUCCUCAACUGGAUGGGCCCAUGCCUGAUCCCUAUGAUGAUGCACUUUCUACACCAAACAUAUACAACUAUCAAGGAGUUGUUAGUGAAGACUAUAAUGUAGCAAAUACCCCAGCUCCACCAGAGCUACAAGCACCAACUCCAGCCAUGGUUAAUCAAAAUGAUCUUUUAGACGAUGAUGAAGAUGAGCCUUUGAACGAAAAUGAUGACGAUGAUGAUCUCGAUGAUGUGGACCAAGGCGAGGAACUAAAUACACAGCAUUUGGUUCUGGCUCAGUUCGACAAGGUAACUCGGGCGAAGAGCAGGUGGAGGUGCACUCUCAAAGAUGGCAUCAUGCAUAUAAACAACAAAGAUGUAUUAUUCAACAAGGCUACUGGGGAGUUUGACUUCUGAUUAUGGCCAGAAAAACGAGAACUUCCAACUGAGGGCACAGAGUUAUCAUCAGAAAAACAUGUAGAGUGACUGUCUCUUUUUAGUGAAAAAACCAAAAUUGAGGUGAUUGAUGUUUAUGAGGUGAAAAGGCUUACCUGAUGUAUAUAAGAUGAAGAGCAUUUUGUUUGGCCCUAGUAUUUAUGGGCUACCUUUAGUCCCUUGAGAAAAACCACUUGUCUUUCAUGGGACAGAAAUUCCGGUUAUACCCUUUGGAUUUUGGUCAACUUUUAUAUUAAACUGCAUUAUUUAUUCUAUGUAUGUUUUCUGCUA